CAGGCAUUAGAGAGAGGAGAGAGAAGCCUCUCCAUAGUAUUCGCAGCACUGUUGAAUGGGAGCUGUUUGCUGGCCCUUGUGACUUUGUGUUUCCCCGAGGAAGUAUUGCUGGACUUGCCUGGCGGGUAGAAAAGUUGAGUCCCUGUGAGAUCAAACAGCUUGCCUGGACCCUGGCAGAGCUGUAAUUAGACGAGUGCAAAUUUGUGACCUUCAGUGUCAUCCUUGGUCUGUCUUAUGUGCUGCUUCUGGCAUGGGGGGUGGGGGGGUGGGGUGGGUGGGGGCAGGGGGGGAAUUAUUUUUUUCUGUCUAUAGGACAGAGGAAAGGGUGGUGGCUUGGUUAAGGCAGUUGGGAAGGUUUCUUCUUUGUGGCCUGGUUGCCCUGGGAGUCCACAUGCUGCUUUGUAAGGGAAGGUUGCAAGGAUGUCUUCCACCUUGAAAGGCAGGAUGGUGGAUACACAUACCUUCUCUUACGCUCAUGGUUAUAGAACGUCACCUGGGUGUGCUGAAGCUUCCUAGAACACUUGAAUACCUGAACUACAGGCUGUGAGAUUCCUGCAGGCCGUGCUGGGGCCCCCGGUUUGUGUGCUGGGGCCUGGAGGCAGAGACGUGCUGGAAAGGCUUUGGGCAUCGCAGCUGUUUCAGCCAGCACCCCACUCCUCACUGCUUGCAGGAGCUGGAGGGUUCCCAGGCACGGCACAGUCCUUGUGUGUUGUCUUUCCUGAUUGCAGGUUAAUUUCUUCCUGACCAAAGGAGCCCUUAUUUACCAAAAUUUCAUCUGCUGCUGCUGUUUAUUGCCCCUGAAAUCCUCCUCCUCUCCUGCUGUCCUUGCUGCCCUUCCAAGAGCAGCCAGUUGUGUUCCUGCUGCGGUGGGGAGAGGGAUGGAGUCAGGAAUGGGGUCAGCGGUUGGCAGCUGACAGCUUCUUUUUGUGUUUCCAUCUGUUCUUUCUCUUCCCUUUUAAUGAGAUCAGGUGCCAGAGUGCACUGGGAAGACUUUCCAGUGUGAGAGGAAGGCACACAGGGUGUGCUGGGGUCUUUGCUUUUGUCCUUGGCAGAGAGGCUGCUCGCAUCCAGCCUGCACCAUCUUGAGCUGCUCCUAUAACGCACGUGGUGACAGGGAACACGCUCUGCAGUGAGCCUGAUAGCUCCGGGUUGGGGGGGUCUGUCCUGCAACUCUGAGCCUCGAUUGAAACUUGGAGCUGCUUGUGCUGAUGGCUGCAGAGGUGCAAACCUGCCUGUUCCUGGACCCACUGGGGUGCCUGUCUCUUGAUUGUGUUGUCCUUCUAUUUUUUUGUGAUGUGGCUGCUGCCUUGUCUUCUAAAAUGCCAGCUGUUUCAGAUGAUAGCAGUGGCUUGACAGGUGCGUUUUUUCAGGCCCCUGGUGCUCCCUACACAGACCUGUCAGCUUUUCUGAUCGCCCCCUCUAAUGAGUGGCUCCACUCCUUUGUGUUUUGGAGGGGCUUCCCCCCUGCUUUUGGGGCCAUAUGCUUAUUAUAGAGCUGGUCUCUGAGUAGGAAGGCUCUUCUCGAGGAGGAUCUGCAGGGGCUGCUUUUGCUGCUGGCUCUUUGAUUCAUGAGAGCUCUUGGGACGUGCGAAGGGUGGGAAGAGGUUCAAAGGAAGAACCUGGGGAGCUCAUUUCAGCAGUUCAGCUUCAACAGUCUCUAUGUGGAAAAUGAAAACCUGCCCUUGUGCUGCCACUGCCAAAAUGUGAUGUGCUGGGAGUCAGCACGGAGACCUUGAUCCCCUAAAAGCUGUAGAGUCUGACAGCGCCUCCGUGGCAGAGACCAGAGGCUCUUUUAAGGGAUGCACUAGGUGCCCUGUUUAAAAAUCAGAAAGCCCUGGCCCGGGUUCCAGUGCAGGGCAGCCUCUGCGUGGUUGCUUGUUAACAAAACUCUGUGUCUUUUUGGCAAAAGACUUUCUGCUACAAAUGCAGUCAAAUAUUUGUCUAAGCAAAAGGUAACCCAGCAGUCCCUUCCUGAGCAAACCGGCAAUUGCUUUGGGAUUUUGCUUGAGUUCAAAGUGUGCAUUUGUGGUUGUGUUGGGCCUGUUGAAGGCAACUGCCCAGAGCAGGUGAAGCCACAUUCAGCUUUGCUUUUAUUUCCUUGGUGCCUGCUUCAGGUUAACUUCCUUGCACAGCAGCGGUGGCGCCUGCCGAGUGCCCCAGCACCUCUUAGCGCAGCCCUGUGUGCUGCAGGGAGCUGCACCAGCUGGCCUGGCAGCAGCCAGGAGAUGAGCUUGUCCCUUCAACGCUUCACAAGUGAUAAAUAAAAGAAGCUACUCCUUUCACAGCACCGCUUCUGAGCACCCGAUGGUGCUUUGUAGCUGCUGUGAUGGUGCCAGGUGCUCCUGUGGGCUCAGGCUGAAACGUGUGUCAUGGGCUGGGAUUGUCCCUUCCCUGUGUCCCACUGUUGUCUAAUUUUCCUUCUCGCUUGCUUCAGAUCACAGAAGCAGGUGCUGGUGUUUGAAAGUGCCUUGCAGGAGAGGUUAGGAUCGGCUGGGGCUGUGGAUGACCAGCUUGCUGUGAAGCCGAGGAGAGCAGUCCUACUGCAAAUGGAACUGCCAAGUGGUGCCAGAAGCUGCAAAUGCCAACCAAGCUGUUGUGGACUGGGUUAAGGCCGUGUGGGUUUUUUCUUGGCCUGGAGAAGUUGGAGGAAGGACAGUCUGUGGCGUUUAACGUGGUCUCUGGAGCCGACCGUGGGAGGAUCUUGCUGGGCCGUGGGUGCUUGGGUAUUGCCAUGGUUUUAAAUGCACGUGAUGCCAAGCAGUAGAGAGCUGCCAUGUGCUUAGGCUCUGAGGGAGGUCGGGUAUGUCGGGUGGAGGAGAGGAGGGGCUGGUAGUCCCCAGCCUGUGGUGCCCCGCAGUAUGGGGCGGGAUGGGAGAUGCCCUGGCAGGACCCUGCUAGCUGAGGAGAAGAGCUGGGUGUGAGGGAGGAGGGACAGUGCUCUGCAUCUGUGACAGACCACUAAGCUCUGCUCCUACAGUGUGGUGGUACUGCAGCAUGGUUCUGUCCUCGGUAUCGUGGGGGCUUAGGUGGUUCUUAGCUGCCAGAGGAAACAGGAGGCCAAGAGAGCUGGGGUUAAGGCAGCGACAGCCCCAGGAACAACUACUUGACCAGUCCUGUAACUGCAUAGGUAUGGGUGUCCUUGACAGCUGUACCCUUUCUUGUCUAGGUUGAGACGUUGUGCCAAUACCUUGCAGAGUCAGGUCUGAACCUCUGUUGGGAAUCUAUCCAUCCUUCUGUGGCACUGUCUUCUGGCAGUCACAGCCUUGGAUACUGCCUUGUUGACUUCCAUGUCAGAGAUUCCCCUUGAACUGUGAUUAACUUCUUGAGGCUCGUAAAUUUUCUUCUGCAUGUGUUACCGAAAUCUCGGAAUGAAGAACUUAUCAUCACCAAUGUGAUGUAGAUAAGCAGACACUUCUUUAUUAACGGCCGGGUGCGUGAGUGAGUCUUCUCACGAUCAAGGCACACCAAGUUUCAAAAUCAGACACCAUAUAUAAAACCUAUUCAUGAAUAUUCAUUAAGUAUCAUGCAUAAUCAUUAUAUUUCCCGAAAAUCAUUAACAUAUUCACCUCCCAUAUCUGAUUCUGCGCAGUAAAGGUUAGAAAGGUCCAGAAAUGGGUCUGGGGUACGAUUUGGGUAGGUGGUAUGUGAGUCGGUGGUCGCGAUCUCCCCCUGCCGGAAUUACCUUUCACUAAAGUUCACGGUUUCUUGGCAGGUAACUACAAGCUGUUCCAGUCGACUCUUCCCAGUUCCCAUUAAUCCUAUAUUCUGACAUUUCAAUACACUUUCUACAUACGGAAGACUAGUUAACUACAAAAAAACCUUUCAAACCCUAAAUUUAUUACCUAAGUUUUAAACACUGAUUCUAGACCACUCUUCUGGCCUUGGUACGGGACUGUACAAAGGAUUUCAUAACAGCUUUUACUGUGCAACUAUAAGUUUCAUUAAAAUAUAUUUUUUAUCCCUCUAUAUUUCUAUUAAAAUUAUUUUAUAAAAUCAAAUAAAGUCAUCAAUCUUAACUUAUUAACAAAUCUGUAACACAUGUACACAAAGACAGCUGUCUGAAUUAAAGGGUAUCAUAGUAUUAAGGAAAAAGAAAAGCUAGGAGGCAUCACACUUGUUAGGGCCAAAGAUUUUGCUUUGUUUUAAAAAGCAAUGGGAGGAGAACAACUUACUCUUCAAAUAACUGCACAGUUUAUGUCUCAAAAACGCAGGCAUUUGAAAUGCUGUCUUGAUUCAGAAAAGAAGUAGAGAAGCAGUUCAGAGUUUGGAAGUGAGAUGUAAACUAAACAACGUGAGAAAACGAAAUGGGUUCCCAGCAUGGGUAUAAAAAGGGGGACAGCAAACCCAGGGUUGUGCGUUGAGGUCUGUGCUACCAAAACCAAAAUGAAAUCAUUGUUCUCUCCUACAGUGUGGGACUGCAUUGCUCAGAAGGUGGCAGGGGGAACAUGGACAAAAGGAGCCACCUUGAUUUUCCUUCUUUCUCAUCAGGAAACAAAUACAAAGCCUGUUCUGGCUCAAGAAGACUGAGCUGCCUAUUUGGGACUUCAUCAGGUUGCAGUGGGUCAACUGAGGCAUGGCCACUGGAAAGCCCUGCUGGUUCAUGGGGUCCUCCAGGAUGGCUGGUGGAUUCCCGAGGCAAGUGGUAGUGCCUCGUAAUCCGAAGCUAGUCAGAGAGACGGAGAAGCCUGCAGCUCUGACUCCCUCUGCCUUCCUGAAGGAGAUGACUCUUAGCACCAAGCAGGGGCUGGCCAGCACUCAGGAGAUGCGGCAGCCCCAGAUUACCCAGCUUCUCGACGUGACCGAAGCCUCCUGUCAUAAGUUCUCGGCACCUUCCCCGAAACAGCGCUCGUUCCAGCCUUUCCCAUCAGAGGUGGUAUUCCAGAGCUAUGUCCCCUAUGAGGUCUAUGAAGUGCCACUGAUUCUGAGGAACGUGGACAAGGUUCCUCAGCUGCUGAAGGUCACCUUGGAGAGGUCACCUUAUUUCAAGUUGAUCAGCCACCAUGCUGUGUGCCGCAAAGUACCACCUGGCAUGCUUGCGACUUUCCGCAUUGUUUUCACCCCCGAUGAGAACAAGGAUUAUUUCCACGAGCUCAUCUGCCUCACAGAAAGGGAGAAGUUUGUUGUGCCUAUCCGAGCUAUAGGUGCCCGAGCUAUCCUGGACUUCCCCGACCAGGUGAACUUCUCAGCCUGUCCUGUGAAGUACAGCACCCAGAAAACGCUGCUGGUUCGCAACGUUGGUAAUCGGGAGGCCCGCUACUGCAUCAGCACACAGAGCCCUUUCUCUGUUGAUCCCUCUGCUGGGACCCUUAGGAUUGGUGAUGCCGUGCAAGUAACAGUGGACUUCCACCCACAGAAGACGGGUGAUUAUUCCAGACCCCUGACAGUUCACUAUGACACAGGUGAAGAUACUCACACAAGCCUUCAUGGAGCCGCUGAAGAUGUCAACAUCAGGCUGGACAGAAACUCCUUGGCAGUUGGGAAGGCCUACAUCACGCUGUCAAACCACAGAUGCGUGGUCAUCCACAACCGGAGUAAAAUCAUAGCCCACUUCCAGUGGAAGGCUUUUCUUACUCAAGAGGAGGAGGAUCAGGAGAAGCUGAGGCGCUGUCGCAGGCUGCAGAAGCAGGAGGAGAAUGAGAGGAAUUCUUUUCUCGAGCAGCGCGCGGUGGACCCCACGCUCCAAGAACGCCUUGCCCUUCUCUCCCGUGCCUUCCAGAACCAGAGGGCAAAGGUGCAGGAAGACUCUAUGCUUUUCUCCGACCAUAUUUUUGCCAUUGAGCCAGUGGAGGGAGAUGUCUGGCCAAAUUCUUCAAUUGAAAUUAACGUGAUCUUCAAACCCCGAGAAGCCCGAGUCUAUCAACAAACAGUCUACUGCGACAUCUCAGGCCGUGAGACCAGGCUGCCCCUGCGCAUCCAAGGGAGCGGCAUAGGGCCCCAGCUGCGCUUCAGCUUUGACCAGCUGGACAUCGGGAAGGUUUUUGUUGCAUCAACCCACAGCUAUGAGGUGAUCCUGUUUAACAAAGGAGUCAUCGAUGCCCCCUUCAGCUUGGUCCCUCCAGUGACGGCUCUGGGCUCCUGCUUCUCCUUCCACCCCCAGGAGGGCAUCAUUUCACCAGAUGGCCUCCAAGUCCUCCGGAUCUCCUUCAGUUCCACCAUCCUGGGGCCGUUCACAGAAGAAUUCGGGUUCAGUGUGGGUGGAUCCCCUGAGCCUGUGACCUUGACUGUCAGGGGCUGUGUCAUCAGACCGACUCUCCAUUUCAAUGUACCUUCCCUCCACUUCGGUGAUGUCUCCUUUGGCUUUCCUCACACCCUGUCAUGUCGCCUCACUAACACCUCCUUGGUGCCUGUGACUUUCAACCUUCGCAUUCCUGGCGAUGGCUCAGGACAGCGCAGCGUCACCAGUUUUGCUCAGAUUUCAGACAACGCUUGCCUGUCCUGGAGGAAGGGAGCCCAACAUCACAUCAAGCCAAUGGAAUUUACCAUAAUGCCUUGCAAAGGCACCAUCCGCUCCCAAGGAACCCUGGAUAUCCAGGUCACCCUGUGUUCCAACACGGUGAGGCGAUACGAGCUGGCGCUGGUGCUGGACGUGGAUGGUGUUGGCCAGGAGGUGUUGGCGCUGCCUCUCACAGCCAGAUGUGUUGUUCCUCCGCUGCAUGUGCUUAGCACUGUUCUGAGAUUCGGACGGUGCUUUCUGAAAUUCCCUUACGAGCAGACGCUGACCCUUGUGAACGACAGCGAUCUUCCAGGCUGCUAUGGAGUCCUUCCUCAGGAGCACAAGGAGGAUGCUGCUGUGUGGUACUCCAGCCCUGUGCCGUGUGGGAUUAUCCAGCCUCACAGCUCGGUGGAGAUCCCGUUUACGCUGGAAGCCCAGGCGAUGGGAAGGCAGGACACUGUGGCUAGUGUCUCGGUGUUUGGGAAUGAAAGAUGCCCGCUGAAUGUCUGUUUAGUGAGUAUUGGAGAAGGACCAGUUGUCUACGUGCAUCCAAGGGAGAUAAAUUUUGGUAGUAUUGAAGUUCUACAAGAUGCGUCCAAAAGUCUCCACCUCUCCAAUCAGGCUGUCAUCCCUGCAUCCUUCUGUGUAGAGAUGGCUGGCAAACGCUCGCGCUGGAGGAUUGAACCCAGUAAAGGAGUGAUCCCCCCUGAGAGCGAGGUGUCUGUGGCCAUCAUAGCAAACUUGGACGACACAGAGAGAUUUGAGGAUGAGGUGAAGGUGUCCAUAGAGAACAGCCACACCUACGUCAUCCCCGUCCAGGCUGUCGGCACGGGCACAACGGUUGUCACCGACAAACCCAUUGCUCCGGAGCUCAACUUGGGCCUCUGCUUCAGCUUUGAUCCCUGCUGUUACCGUUUCAAGAUGACAAACAGAGGACGACGCACCCACCAGCUGUGUUGGUCAACAGAAGGCUUCCCCACGUUCAGCCAGCGUGACCGUCUCCGUGCCAUCAGUAACACCAAGGGCACAGAUUCCUCCCAGAGCCCCAAACCUGCCUGCCCUGUGUUUAAGCUUCGACCGCUGAGGACAGAGCUGAUGCCGGGCAAGACUGUGGAGAUGGUGCUGGAAGGCUCCUCCAGCACUCCCCAGGUGGUGAAGGAGCGGCUGCUGUGUCACGCCGUGGUGGGGAGCAAGGCGGGGAAGGCACAGAUAAUGCAGAUGGAUGUCACGUGUGAGUUUGUUGAUCCCGUUCUGCAAGUGUCUACCAGAGAAAUCACAUUCCGGGUGGAGAAGCUACCCAGUGACGUCCUCAGCCUACAGCACAAGCCUCUUACUUUAAGAAACAUGUCCUCCCUGCCGCUGAGCAUCGUCCUGGCCUUAGACCAACCCUUCCGAGUCUGUGAUGCGGCCCGGCAGCCCCUCCCUGCAGAUGUCCGGCCGAUGAAGCUGGAGGUAGGGGAGGAACUUCAUUUCUUCAUCAGAUUUAACCCUGCUCACGAGGAGCAUCUGAAUAGCUGGGUGGCAGAGAAGGCUCUGAAGAUACAGCUGCUCGAGCAUCCUCGCGAGGAGCAGGUCACUGUUCGGGGAGAAGUCUUCUUCCCAAAUCUCCAGUUCCAGACCAUGGCCGUGGACUUUGGCUGCAUCUUGAAUGACACUGAGGUGGAGCAUUACGUUGAGAUGACCAACGGCAGCCCGCUUCUCGUCCGGUACCACUGGUCAUUCCUGACGGGCGGCCACGCGAGCCAGCUGAGGUUCAGCCCUCCAGUACCUAAACUGUUCAUCAAACCCCAGCCACCGAAGGAGGAGGGAGCCUGCUCGGAGCACUCGGCAUCUGCAGAGAGCAGUGUCAGUGAUGGAUGUGUAGAGGAGCCAGCUGAAGCCCUGGGAGCAGUGGGGGAUCCUGCCCAAGAGCCAGCAGAUGCAGAGGACUCCCUGGAAGCAAAGCUGCUGCCGUCCGCUGCUGUGGAGCUGGAAAGUCGGAGGCCGGUGAGGAGCCAGGAAAGGAUGCGGUUUGUGGAGGUGGAGCCCCUCCCCUCGGGACCGGAGGAGGUAAGUGGGCAUCUGUCUCACUUCCCCGUUCCCAGUGUGGCAAGCAGUUACGUAGCCCCCGCUGCCACUGGUGGCCCUCGGUGCUGCUCACGGAGUGGCCUCGCAUCCCUCCCAGCACGUUGCGCAGCGCUGCUGAAGCAACCGGCCAUGUAGGGCUGACCGAGGGUCCUGCCUGUGCAGCGCCU